AUGGUGGUCGUGACCCUCAAGAAAACCACCCGUGUGGUGGCGCUAUGUUUGCUUGUUUUCGUGGCGUACUCGUCGCUAUUGGCGUUGAACCCGCUCCGCUCGUUUGCCCAGCGCUACCACAAGGCGGUGGUGUUGAACCUCCGCAUCUUAUACCUGAAGUACACAGCAGCAGACUUGAAACUAGACUCAGAUGAGACCUUUCAGCGAAGCUUGGAUGAGAUAGCCGCGUCCAAGUUUGCCUCGGGCGAUUUCCCCGAGCUCUCCUUCAUCAACCCUGGGUACGCUCCUCCAACGGCGCUCUCGGUGCCAUCGUACUACCACACUUCGGCAAAACCACAGGUCCAGCCGUUCGACCCGAGAUUCACGCUAGCUGCCUACCUCCACUGGAUCCGUGUCCAUCCCAACGAGCCCGUGCCAUUCCACUGGUCUGAUUGGGUCGACUUGCACGCCCUCAACAAGUAUAUUUUGUUGCCCGAGGGCCACAAGCCCAACUGCUCCUCCUUGUACGACAUUUCCAACAAGCGCAAGGUGCUCAAGGGCUCUAUAGCAAGGCCCGUUGACCAGUAUUGCCACGACGACCCAUCCCACCCGUUGGGGUAUACGGUCGACCAAUUCCCGCACGCUCAAACAAGAGAGAACAUGAGCCCGACAAAGCUCGUGUUUAUGACUAACAACCACGGCUCGUACAUUGUGGACGUCAAGGACAACGACGUCAACGAUUACCGCAACGCUCUUUUGACCAAUGGCAUUGUCGAGGAAGUUUUGUCAGAGGUGAACUCAGAUUCCUGGGACGUGCUUGACGCCUACGACAAGCUUCUCAAGACAAGGCCCCCUUCCAACUCCGACAGGGUUGUCAAAGACCUGAUCAUCCACCUCGAGCCCAGCAUGUUUCAUGUGGACGUCAACCAGGUGGUGGACGAAAUUAAGGCAAAGGAUAAAUUGUCUUUCCUGGAGAAACUGUAUCUCGAGAGUCUCCUCGACUCCAACAGCACAGAUUCCCCUGUGAAAUAUUUUGACGAGGCCAAGUUGGUAAACUCAGACAAGUCGAAGACCCUCGUGUUGCACAGGCUCAUCAAAACUACCUUCAGUUCUGCCGAAGCCAUGGCCUUGUCACAUGGAUAG